CACUACUUCCGUCCCACUUAGUUAAUGAAACAAACAUGGCGACUUAUGCACAAGUCGGGAGGUUGUUGGGUGUUUCAGCAAGAUUUUUGCGACCACUGGCCAGCAGUGGCUGUCAGACCAGUAGAACCUAUUGGCCCUCAAAAGCGACUGGAGUCUCCAACAGAUGGCCACAAAACGCAAUCUGGCUGGUUCCUGGAAGGACCAUGUUUGUGCAGACACAGGACACACCAAAUCCAAACAGUCUGAAGUUUCUGACUGGGCGGACAGUUUUAGAAGAGGGGACCAUGAAUUUUGCUGGCCCCCGUGAUGCAUUCUGCUCACCAUUAGCCAGACAGUUGUUUAGAAUCGAUGGAGUCAAGAGUGUGUUCCUGGGCCCUGAUUUUAUCACCAUCACAAAGUCCAAUGAAACAGUGGAAUGGAAAGUAAUUAAACCUGACGUUUAUGCGGCCAUCAUGGACUUUUAUACUUCUGGACUUCCAAUUGUGAAUGAAGACAGCAAGCCAAGUGCAGACACAGCGCCAUCAGAGGAUGAUGAUGAAGUAGUUGCUAUGAUCAAGGAGCUGCUGGAUACACGAAUAAGGCCAACAGUGCAGGAGGAUGGAGGCGACGUUCUGUAUCGAGGAUUUGACGAUGGCAUUGUUAAACUGAAGCUGCAGGGUGCCUGUACCAGUUGCCCCAGUUCCAUUGUUACUCUGAAGAAUGGAAUCCAGAACAUGCUGCAGUUUUACAUACCUGAGGUUGAAGCAGUUGAAGAGGUAAAAGAGGAUGAGGAGGCGGCUCAAGUUUAAACUACUGAAACCAGAGACAUGUGUCAACAUGUUCACCUCCUUCAAUCAAAGCCAUAGAUGUAAUAAAAGUACUCAGCUCUGUUCUGAUGACAAGAACUCAUUCUCAGUAUUGUUCCAAAUAUUUGCAUUUUGUUUUAUAGUUCUGGUUUGAGGAAUUGAAAGAUACGUUGGACACAAUUCAUAGAAACAGCUUGUACAGUUGAAAUAAUUUGUAUUUAUUCUUCCAUAGUGUUACACGACUUCUGAAUCAGGCAGCAGUCAACGCUGCCUGUAGGCUGAAAAUUCAUAUGGGAUAUUUUAUCUUUACAGAAUGUAUGCUGUCUAUAUAAAUAAAUAUUGCUAUAAUAAGUGUU